AUGUCUGAUCCAAUAGAAACUGAAGAUGGUUGCUCCCAUGUUGUUGAUGAACAAAUAUCCCAGUUAGAUAACUUAGUUGUGCCAAUUGUUGAUGAGCACUUAAAACCAAAAAUAGGAAUGACUUUCGACAGUUUAGAAGAUGCUGAAAAAUUCUACAGAAAUUACGGAAAGGUCGGAGGUUUUGAUAUCCGUAAUAGCACAACAAAUUAUGGGAAGGAUAGAGAGUUAAUUUGCAAAAGUUAUGUUUGUUCGAAAGAAGGAGUGUUAAAGAGCAAAUCGUUGGAAAUCCGACGAUGUGGUACAAUUAGAACAAAUUGUAAGGCCUUGAUUCGCUUCAAAUUAGACAAAAACAUUGGCAUAUGGAGUGUCUACAAGUUCGUGGAAGAACAUAAUCAUACAAUUACUUCACCGAGUAGAACACAUUUUCUAAGGGGAAACCGUGAGGUCACAAGUGCGAAGAAGACAUUAAUAAAGCAGUUUGGAGAGGUGAACAUUCCAACAAACAAGCAAAUGGCCUUCUUUGAAAACUCUAGCGGAGGUUUUCAUAGAAUUGGAUGCAUUGAGACCGAUGUGAGAAAUUAUGAAAGAGAUUUGAGAGAGGAGAGGCGUGGUCAUGAUGCACAAAUGAUGUUGGAUCAUUUCAAGUCGGAACAAGAGAAGAAUCCUUCAUUUUAUUAUGUUUAUGAAGUUGAUGCAGAGAAGCGCUUAACUCAUUGUUUUUGGGUGGAUGGCAUUGCUCGAAUGAAUUAUCAACACUUUGGCGAUGUUGUCUCCUUCGAUGCCACGCAUAACACAAAUCAAUAUGGCUUGGUAUUUGUGCCGUUUGUAGGAGUAAAUCACCAUUGCCAAAGUGUUUUUUUAGGAUGUGGCUUUAUUCCAAACGAAGAGGCAAAGUCUUUUGUAUGGUUGUUUAACAAAUGGAUUGAAGCAAUGGGUCAUCCUCCUUCAGGCAUGAUUACAGAUCAAUGUCUUGGCAUAUGCAAGGCAAUUGAAACAGUUUUUCCAGAAAUUCGGCAUAGGUUUUGCAUUUGGCAUAUCUUGGACAAAGUCCCGGAGAAGUUGGGUAAAUGGGCUUAUAGUACAGAAUUUAUGAAAUCUUUCAAAGAAAUUAUUUGGGACUCCGAGACUGCUAGCUCUUUUGAAGAGAAUUGGGUUUCAAUUCUUAAGAAAAAUGGAUUGGAAACGCAUGAUUGGCUAAAGGAUAUUUAUGCAAUUCGUGAAAAAUGGGCUCCGGUUUAUCAUAAACAACACUUUUGGGCUCCGGAAUGUCUAGCAGUCAAGAGAAAUAGGUACCACUCACGUAACUACGCUUCCAAUGAUCGCAAGAGGUGGGGCCAUCGCACUUCUCAGUUGUCAGCUCUCAUUUCUCCCAUAGCAAUCUUAGUUGUGGUCCCUACAUAUUCAUGUCCAGGUGAUUGUUGA